AUGCGCGGGACGGCGGGACCGGGGCCGCCGGGCCAGGGCCGCCUCCCGGGGCCCCGCGGCCGGAAGGCCCCGCCGCCGCCGCCGCUGCUGCUCCUGCUCGCGCUGUUGCCGCUGCUGCCCACGCCUGGCGCCGCUGCCGCCCCGGCCUCGCGGCUCCCGGCGCUGCCGCCCGCGGCCGCGGGGCCCAGCGUGAGCCUCUACCUGAGCGAGGACGAGGUGCGCCGGCUCAUCGGUCUUGAUGCAGAACUUUACUAUGUGAGAAAUGACCUUAUUAGUCACUACGCUCUAUCCUUUAACCUGUUAGUACCCAGCGAGACAAAUUUCCUGCACUUCACUUGGCAUGCAAAGUCCAAGGUUGAAUAUAAGCUGGGAUUCCAAGUAGACAAUUUUGUGGCUAUGGACAUGCCCCAGGUCAACAUUUCUGCUCAGGGGGAAGUUCCACGCACUUUAUCAGUGUUUCGGGUCGAGCUUUCCUGUACUGGCAAAGUAGAUUCUGAGGUUAUGAUACUCAUGCAGCUCAACUUGACAGUAAAUUCUUCAAAAAACUUUACAGUCUUAAAUUUUAAACGAAGGAAAAUGUGCUAUAAAAAACUUGAAGAAGUAAAAACUUCAGCCUUGGACAAAAACACUAGCAGAACUAUUUAUGAUCCUGUACACGCAGCGCCAACCACUUCUACGCGUGUGUUUUAUAUCAGCGUAGGGGUUUGCUGUGCAGUAAUAUUUCUUGUAGCAAUAAUAUUAGCUGUUUUGCACCUUCAUAGUAUGAAAAGGAUUGAACUGGAUGACAGCAUCAGUGCCAGCAGUAGUUCCCAAGGGCUGUCUCAGCCAUCUACCCAGACGACUCAGUAUUUGAGAGCCGACACACCCAACAAUGCAACUCCUAUUACCAGCUCCUCAGGUUAUCCUACCUUGCGGAUAGAGAAGAACGACCUGAGAAGUGUCACUCUUUUGGAGGCAAAAGCUAAGGUGAAGGAUAUUGCAAUAUCCAGGGAGAGGAUAACUCUAAAAGAUGUACUCCAAGAAGGUACUUUUGGGCGUAUUUUCCAUGGGAUAUUAGUAGAUGAAAAAGAUCCAAAUAAAGAAAAACAAGCAUUUGUGAAAACAGUUAAGGAUCAAGCUUCUGAAAUUCAGGUGACAAUGAUGCUCACCGAAAGUUGUAAGCUCCGAGGUCUUCAUCACAGAAAUCUUCUUCCUAUUACCAAUGUGUGUAUAGAAGAAGGAGAAAAGCCCAUGGUGAUAUUGCCUUACAUGAAUUGGGGGAAUCUUAAAUUGUUUUUACGACAGUGCAAAUUAGUAGAGGCCAAUAAUCCGCAGGCAAUUUCUCAACAAGACCUGGUCCACAUGGCUAUUCAGAUUGCCUGUGGAAUGAGCUAUCUGGCCAGAAGGGAAGUCAUCCACAAAGACUUGGCUGCUAGGAACUGCGUCAUUGAUGACACACUUCAAGUUAAGAUCACAGACAAUGCCCUCUCUAGAGACUUGUUCCCCAUGGACUAUCAUUGUUUGGGAGACAAUGAAAACAGGCCGGUUCGGUGGAUGGCUCUUGAAAGUCUGGUUAAUAAUGAGUUCUCCAGCGCUAGUGACGUGUGGGCCUUUGGAGUGACGCUGUGGGAGCUCAUGACUCUGGGCCAGACACCCUAUGUGGACAUCGACCCGUUUGAGAUGGCCGCAUACUUGAAAGAUGGUUACCGAAUAGCCCAGCCAAUCAACUGCCCUGAUGAACUAUUUGCUGUGAUGGCUUGUUGCUGGGCCUUGGAUCCGGAGGAGAGGCCCAAGUUCCAGCAGCUGGUCCAGUGUCUCACAGAGUUCCACGCAGCCCUGGGGGCCUACGUCUGACUCUGCUGUCGCCGUCCCAGUGCCAGGAGGAGGGUGCCCGCGGGCCUGCCUGGGACCAGUGUUGGAUGCCGCGUUACGUCACGCAACACCACAGAAGCACAUUCGCCUUCCAGAACACCGUGCCUUAGGAAUGCUUUAGAAUUUGAACUUUAUGAGACAGACUUAAUGAUGCGGAAUAUUUUCUAGAUAUCACUUUUAUUAGAUUGAACUGAAAAUGUGUACAUUUUUUGGCCAAAAUUUUUUUUAAACAUAGUUAACUUUGGACUAGGGUACAUUGUUACAAAAUAAAUAAACCGUUUUUAAAAUUG